AUGGAGGGCCCUGUUAAGUCCCGAGAAGGGGAACAUACUUCCACGACUACGGUGAGCGCGUACGCUCCGCUCACUUUAUGGCGUUCAUUAGAUCCCGUUGUGGUCUACAAGUUUUGUAGAGAUCCCGUUGUGAACCAUCGAAAAAGGAACGUGGAUAUCGAUAAAUUCUGGAAUGAAGUUGAAUGUGAAUCUCUGGAUAUAGAGCAUGCCAAAGAAAAAAAACGAUUACAGCUGGACCAGUUGAAAAUAGCUCGUGUUAUGACAAAGGGAACUGAAGAUGGCGUUGGAAAUAUUAUGAAAAAUGUCAAUAUGGAGCUGGUCGAGCCAGCUACUUAUCUUAAAAGAAGACGAGAUGUUGAUUACAAAGAAGAUCGAGAUGGGUACACUACGCCUUGUCCAAACAGUCCAAUGGUGAAUAAUCCGGAGGACGAACCGAAACCAAAGAGACGGGCUAAGACUGAUGAUAAGUCUUGCACUUCAUCUGCCGGAACUAGUGAUGAUAUGCCGAUUGGUAUUGAUUUUACAAAAUACAAGAGUGUGGAUGACGAGUCCGAAGAAUCCGAAGAAAGAGAUGAGGAAGACGAAUUGAGGCUAGACGUGGAAGAAAUUGGGUUUGAAGAAUACAUCGAUCAAGGGAAUAAACCUUCAUAUCGAUCCAAAGCGUUAGCUCAUGCGCAAAAUUCUGGUCUGAUAAUAACGAAAAAUUAUCACGAAAUAUUGAGUCUAUCUCAUAUUCUUUUACUACAAAUGGAUAAUUAUUCGGAAACGCAAGUGAAAACGUUCUCUAGGGAAACGCUCGAACAUCUCAGAAAGGAUAUUAAAUCAAAGUUAAUCGGAAAAGAAAAAGUAACAAGGGACAUAAAAUCAAUCCUGCAAGAGUACAUUGAGGUUGCUCUUGACGAUAAUGAUGGUGAAUUACACGAACUUCGCGAAACCAUCACUGAAUCUUUUUCGAAAGAAUUUAAUUCAACAGCAGAGAAAGAAUUUCUUCGACGAAUGAAGUUUCUCUUUGAACAUCUGUCUUAUACUAUCCCAUUACAUCCAUUGAAAGAAAUUAUAAGCGAAGGGACACUUGUGGCGAAUAUAAUAAGUCCAAUUUUACGAAUUUUUUUUCAUGACUCAUACAUAUAUCUUACGAUAUGGCCGAACACAUCCAGCACCAGCGCAAAGAUCCGAAAACUUGCCAUCAGUGAUCCUUCCCGGGCUAAACAACCCGAUAUGAUCGGGAAAAUUGUCAAUAAUGGAAAAUUUGUUUAUGAAACGAUGUUUGGUGAGGUGACGGGAGAAGGCAAGAACAACACGGAAAAAAAGAAUCUAAUCGACCUGGUUAGAUUGGGGAUAUUUAUGAAAGAUUCUCUUGAUAAUAUUUCACGUAAGACCGGUGUCAAUCAGAUUUUCAGUUGGCAAGUUAUUGUGACAAAGUGGACCGGUUAUAUGAUGACAUUAAUUAGCCCAGGGAUUUACGUUAUGAUUGAUACUGGUAGUGUAGAUCUUCCAAGAUCUUUCGAAGUAUGCAAUACGUUUCUGACUGGUCUGGACACACUGUUUGCAUUUCAGAUAGCGUAUGAAAAAACAAUAAAGGAUAUUCUCUCGAUUAUGAAUAAAAGUGAAGAAUUCGAGAGUGAUGAUAAUUUUAAAGGAUGA